AUGGAAGGAUUUAGUGAAAGUGACUAUAGUGAUAUUGCAAUUGGGAUUAUAAAGAAGUAUGAAAAUAAUGUAAUUGAAAAAAAGAAAAAGCUAAAUGAGAAAGAAACACGUUUAAAUUACAAUAAUGAUUAUAACAAAGAAGCAGAUAUAAUUGCUAACAAUAAUAAUUUAAUAGAUCAUGCCAAACUUUUAGAAAAUGAUAAAAGUGAUGAUAGCAGUUACGAUUCGCUAGUUGACGAUUUUUAUAAUAAAGCAGUAACAAAUUAUAGGGAAAGUUGCAAAAAACAAGAUAAUAUAACCGAUUUAAGUAAUGGAGAAAAUGAUAAGGAAUUAAAAGAAGUCGACAAUAAUAAUAAUAAUAAUAAAGAUCCAAAGAAAUAUCUCAAAAAAAAAGUGAUACAACGAAAUACGGAAAUAUUGAAAAAGUAUAAUAAUAAACCAUUAAUCCCAUUGUUAAAAAAUAAUAAUAAAAAAAAAAAAAAUGAAAUUGUAAAAGGGGUCAAAGUAAAACCAGUGAAACAUCCGAAUGAAUGGGAUAGCAAUCAAAAUGAUUUAAACAAAUUUAAAUUAUCUAAAGAAGAGAUAGAACAAAAAAGAAAUAGUUUUAAGUCACGAAAUUUAGACAAGGUCAAAAUAGAAUAUCAAGAAAGGCUAAAAAAAAUGAGAGAGCGAGAAAAAAAAAUAUAUUCACUUAGUAAUUCUAACCCCAAGGAAAAUGUAAAAAAAAAAAAAAAUCAAUCUAUUCAAGAAUUAAAAAAGAAUGGAGAAAAAUCAAAAUAUGCACAUAAAAAAGGUUUGAACAAAUGUGGCAUGAAUAUUACUUCACAUAAAAAAGGAAAUAAUCAAGCAAAUCCAGUUAAUUGCAGCAAAGAAGAUGCCGAAAAAGCUAAAGAGGAAGAAAUAGACGAAGAGGAUGAUGUAGUAACAGAUGGUGGUAUCCCAUUUAGACAUUUAAAUAAGUAUGGUCGUCAUAGACAUUCAUAUAUUUGUAACGAAACGGAUCAUAUAAACGAUGGGUAUUUUAGUUCAAGUGUAAAUUUCGCUAGAAAUAAUUCUUUUGUUAAUCAUGUUAAUAAAAGAAAAAAAAAAUAUAAAAAGAGAGGUGAUAAAAAUUACUCUGAUUAUGAUGAAGUUUAUGUUUAUAAAUAUAGAAGAAAUAAUCGAAAACAUAAUGGAUAUUUAUCAAAUAUUUCUAAUGAAGGAAGUAACAUAGAUUUAAACUGUCUUAGUGAAAACGAAGAUUAUGAUACUCAAACAUAUUGCAAUAGUUCAAUAGAUGAAAUAUAUGAUAAAAAUAAUCGGAUUUUAGUAUCACGAUAUUUAAGAUGCAGAAGUGAAUAUCCAAGAAAAAAUAAAAAUUAUAAAAAAAAAUUACAAAGAAAAAGUGAAAUAAAAAAUAAAGAUGAUCAUUAUAUUGGAAAAUGUAUACACAAAAAUAAGUAUAAGCAUAGUUCAAAUAUAUCAAUAGAUAAUUGUUCUGAAUAUGAUUAUAUGACUGAAUCAACUGAUGUUUCCUCUUUUAGUAAUGAUACAACUAUAAAUAAUUUUACAAAAGAACUUGAAAAAUACACUGAGCCUUUAUGUAUUGAUAUCGAUAGUUUUAAUACUAAAACUUGCAACAUAGAUUGUUAUAAAAUUGAAAUUACAAAAACAAAAGAGUUUGAUGAAAAAAAUAUAUAUCCAAAUCCAGAAUUAAAAAUCUGGAAAAAAUUGUUACACAAUGAUAAUAAUAGUGAUAUGGAAUCAUAUGAUUUAUCAGAAGGAUCAUCUAGUUGUACAGGUGAUUAUGAUGAUCAUAUAUUUGAUUCCGAUUAUUCCCAACAAAUAAGAAAACUAAAUUUAGACACUAUACAAAAUAAUAAUUUAUUAAAUUUAAAAAAAGUUAAACUAGAAACAUUUAACCAUAUUAAAAAAAUGAUUAACAAAAUUAAAAAGUUAAAUUAUAAUGAACUAAAUAAUGGACAUAAUUUUCCAAAUUCUAUAAAUAUGUAUUCAGAUCCCUUUAAGGACAAUCGGAAUGUUACAGAAAGUUUUAAUAUCUACUAUGAUAAAGAAAAUGAAAAUAUAGCUCACCCAAAUAAACAUUUUUAUAAAUAUAAUAAUAUAAAAGAAGGAAUAGAAAGAACUGGUGGAACAGCACCUUUGAUGGAGUACCUAUUUAAUGAUGAUGCUGAAGGAGAUAGUAAAAAUUAUGUUUCAUCAAAAAAUGAAAUAUAUAAAUAUUAUAAUAAAGAAGAAAAUUCAUCAUUAAAUGAAAGUAAUAAAAAUAUUAUUAACAUUAAUAAUAAUUUAACAAAUAGUAAUAUGUUUCCUUUUUCUUUUUCUCAUUCGAAUAAUAAAAAAUGUUUUAUUAAUAAUAUACAUGAUCAUAAAGAUGGCUCACUAAGUUAUCGAAAUAGCAGUAGUGAGAUAGCUAGCAGAAAUAAAAAUAGCCAAGCUAUGUUAACUAGCCAAAAUGAAGACAUACCAAAUUCUAAUGAAUAUGUUACAUCAUCAAAUAAUUAUAAAACAUUAUCUAUUAAUAAUAGUUCAGAUGUAGAUAUUCAGCAUUUUGAAAAAAGUUCAUCUAAAACUGCAGAUUGGGGAGAACUAAAAUCAAUUAAUCCUACAAUUAUCAAAAGGAAAGAAAAAAAUCAAAAACAUUCCACCAUUUCAAAAAAAACAGAAAUGAAAAAUGGCAUUAAUUAUCACGCUCCUUCAAACAGAUCAAACCUUAAUGUUCCAAGAAUUGUAGUGAAAAAUGUUGACAAAAAAACAAGAGGUAAAAUAACAAGCAAUAAUCGCAUAGGUAGUGCAUCAAAUAGAGAGGAUGCAAAUAGUUGCUUCGAAAAAAAAAGCAAACCAAAUAUACAUAACAAACGGGAAGCAAAGGAGGGUUUAAAAAAUGGAAAUAAGGGUAAGGUAGACAUUAUAGAGAGUAAAAAAAAGAACAACAAUGUUAAUGAUAAAAAUAAACUAAAAAUAGUAAACGAAAAAAAAAAGAAAUGUGUAAGCAAAAUCGAUAGUAAUAUUGGGAAUGGGAAAAAGAAAACAGAACAAAGUUCAAAUAAAGAAGAUAGAUUAAUAAGUCAAAAAAUUAUUAACACAUCCAUUAAUUUUGAUGAUGUACAUAAUCUAAGUGAGGAUGAUAAUUUUAUUUUUGAAAAAUAUUUAAAUGAAGAAAGUUCUAAAGAAAAUGAAAAUUUACAAGACAUAAUAAAUAAUCAAGUUAUAGCAUUCGAACGAAAUUUUUUAUAA